CCUCUUCGCGCCUCCACUUGCGGAACUUACGAGAAACUACUUCCACCCGGUUAGCCCGUUGCCUCCGUGCGAGUGAAUCGACCAACACGCCGUCCUGCUUCAAAAACCUUCUUAAACAGUCGAAUUAGUUGGAAAUUUAACGCAUCGACAUGCAUAUCAAAACAGGUACCUGGGAGGCGAAUAAUGCUGUGUGUGAAUCUGACCCCUUGUGCGACCCUGCUGUCCUUGUCUCAGCCCCCAAACCGGAGCCACACAUCCGGAACCGCCGCCUCUCCCCUGGCUCUGGCAGCUGUGGUGGGGGUGGAGGAGGAGGGUGUGCCACAGGAGUGGACAAACAGUCCACUCGUCAGACUUCAUCAACCAGUUCCAAUGAAAGCGGCACACACAGAACUGGCCACACACAAGUCUUCACCUCCAGUUUGCACAGGGAGCAGCGGGCACACAACAGGGGUUACAGGGGCUCUCGACAAGAGGGAGUCAGUCUGGGCGCUCGUGCUGGGGAAAAAGCCCUCCGAUCCACUCAGGCCCACAUACAGAAGGAACGGUGGGUGGGGGACACAUUGUCAUCUCUCAAACCCCCGCCAGCCUUCCCAGUGAAGGACAGCCCUGCCAAGCUGCAGCCUGCCGUCAGCUAUGCCUCUAAAGUUAAGGCAGGUGGAACUACUGGAGGCGUUGCCGAAGAACCACCAGGUAUCAAGGUGCUUUUGCAGAACCAGUGGGGGCUUAGUUUCAUCAACGACGGCCCAGCAGUAGAAAACGCAGCUUCAGUUGCGCCUCAGGCUACACCAGUGACGAGUCCAGCUGCAACCGCACACCCUGUAGCUGGAGAGGUGACUGAUGGAAACUUAGCCCUCUCGUUCUCUACAUCUUCACACAGCCAGUGCUCAAAAGGACCUGAGAAUUCUGAGGAGCUGCUGCUUAGCUGUCACCAUCUAGGGGAGGCUUUGGAGUAUCAUACGCAAGAAUGGAGUGCAAUACUGCGGGAACAGAAACAAGAUCCUGCAAAGGUUGUUUGGUACAAGGACUCCUUGUAGUGGUGUACCCAGCACGCACCUGCAACUGAUCAACCGCCACACACACACUCCACUCCAUACAUAUAUUCUUUCUUAGCAAACUUAAAUGACACUCAGGUUGUUCUUCCCACACAGUCUACUCAUUGCACUCACCUCCACCCUGAACUCUCCACCCAUGUAAAGAAAGAAAUGAUGUCUCGAAUGCAUGGUUGCCUUAAAAUCAAGCCUUUGGUGUGGAGACCUCACCCCACAUUUUGUUUUAUCAUGGUAAACACCCUGUUUCCUUUUUUUUUGAUCAUAUUUGAGCAAAGAUCUGGCAAUUUUAUUGUAAAGAGCUGAAAUUUUACUUGAAAUUUGAGGAAAAAAAAAUCCUAAUUAAUGUACAAGUCGCCUUUCAAGCACUUUCGUACUCCCGUUGAACAUGUAUGUCUGUUUGGACCAU